AUGAUUAGAGAAGAUUGUGGGCAUGAAGAGCUUUCGAGAUGCGCCAAACCUUUGCAGCUGCUUCAGUCAACCACCGACCUUAGUUUCGCUCCGAAACGUGAGGAAUUGAGCAAAUUAUGUCCCGAAUUUCACAGUGGUUUAAGAUGCAUAGGAAGUUACACCCGCCGUUGUAUGACACAAAUGCAGCGUGAAGAGUUCAAUAAAAUCUAUCAAGGAACGAAUGAACUGAUUAAAGAGCUUUGUCGUGAAGGUGACUAUCAGAAUGAAUUUUUGAAGCAUUCACCGUGCCUUCAGACUGUCAAGCCACUUCACAUAAAAUGCGCUGAGAGAUAUCAGCAGACAAUGUCGUCAAUUUUUAAAGCAUCAGCAAAUCAAACCACACACAAACAACAGCAACAUCAUUCAGUGCACAAAAAAGAUGAUGAUGAUGGUGGUAAUGAUAUAGAAAAUGUCAAAAUUGUUUGUUGCUCAUUCAAAGAGUACUUGGACUGCUCUGAGGAUGUUACACGUCGAACGUGCGGAAUGGACACUGGACUCUUUAUUCGAGAUUUUAUUCAUCGAAUGUCUGAUACUCUUAUGCAGAAUUACUGUGAAGAGUACUACAAAGGAUCAAAUCACUGUCCCAAAAACAAAUUCUCUAUGGCAACACGAAACUCGUUGUCAGCUUUUUCAAUGAUUUCAGUUGCUGUUUUGGCUACCUUCACAAUCCAUCGAAUUAGAUGA